GGGCGCCAUUACGUCCCAGUCAUCAUCGCAAACGCCUGACAAUAUAUAAAUAAAUCUAUUUACUUUCAUUGCUACAGUAUACAGCGUUAUAUUUAUAUACAGAUCGGGAUCAAAGUGCAAUCGAGAGUUCUAAGUGUUAUAAUUGUGAAAGCUUUGGCUUAUAACGCUUAUCUAAUGAUGAUUGAAGUAUAACAUGGAUUCUGAAGGUGUCGUUAUGUAGGCGGCGAAGUGGCCGCGUGUGAAUAGGCCGGCUGGGGAUCGAUAGAGCGGAGUGCGCAGGUCCGCGCCAUCGCCUCUGUCUGCGAGCUGCGAGCAUCGAGAACACCGACGCCCCGGCCCGACCUGCGUCGCAAACCGAGACGUCGACUGAUACCAGUGAAACUUGCAACCGAUAUGUUCCGGACUAAUUGCUGUCUCUAAACGAUGUGAUGAGCCAGUCGUGGCGGCGGCAGGCCCUGUGGGCGCUGGUGGUGCUCAGCACGCUGGCGCCCCCCACGCGAGCCGAUGGUAACAUAGGUUGCCUAUUCAGUGCAUCAUUAUGUAUCGACGGAGUAGAGUGGUGCUACGACGAUUUCGCUUUCGGUAAAUGCAUGUCAAUUUACGAAAGCGAACCGGAAGAUGGCUCCCUCUACAAAUAUGACAUGAGUUCUCAACAGCUGCAGUGGUUCGAAGGCGAGCUGCAGCGGCUGGCGAUGCGCGGCUACCGCUGGGAGCAUGCCUAUACGCAGUGCGUGCUGCAAGCCAUGCUGUACGCGCUCAGGCAUAAAGUAGAACCAACUGACGUAAACUCAAAGUUAUGUGAACAUUUUGCUGACCCGAAAUUGAGUACUACGACAACGGAAACUGAAGAUGAAGAUACAGACAUGGAACCCGAUGAAACUGCAUUUGUGCGUUUCAUGCCGAAUUCGGCGUUAAGCGAUUCAGAUUAUGCCAACGAGGUUUAUAACCCUCCCUUACCGGAUGAUGACCCGUCUCCUUACAUUAUUCCGAAAGUGCAAUCAGAAAUGGAAGGAGAAACCCCAAGCGAUAAAAUAAGAAAUUUAAUGUUAGUUAGCGGUCUAGAAGAGUCGCCUGUUAUAGUCCCUUUCGAAGGUUUUAGAGAACGGCUUCAAGCAGAAAAGGAUGUUAAAGAACAAAAUGGAAAAUAUUUCAACGCAUUGGACAAAGAGAAAAAGUCACUCGCGGUCGCCAACAGAGAAUCUAACUCUGAGAAAUUUCCAGACGAAGAGCGUUUGGGUGCUCACUUCAGGAAAAUGAAAGUAAAACCUUAUCCCUACACGGCGGAAUAUCUUACCAGUAAUUAUUCUCCAUUAGAUGCUGAAGUGCAUUCGAAUGCUUUAGAGAAAUACAAGCAGAGUUUUGCAGAGAAGAAUUUCCCAUUUGAAUAUGAAAAUCCUGGCGAUAUUCAAGAAUCUAGGAUUUAUAUCGAUAACGAUGACUUAGAUGAAGCCGCUAUGGAUGCGGGCAGCGGUAAAUAUGACCCUUAUAAUUUAAAAGAUACACCUGGCUUCGACGGUAAAAAGUCUAAAAACAUGGAAUAUGUAUUAAAUUAUUGGCACCGACUCAAAGAUCUUAAACCACAAGACGCUAUAUAUUCUGAAGGAGGUCCACUUAAAAUCGACGAUAUGGGAGGUGAAAGUUCCAAAUUUUAUUUAUCUGAAGAAUUACAAGAUUUGCUUAAUAGAGAAUGGGGCUUUAAGCGUAGGGAAAGAGAUGAUGUAAAAAAGCCCGGGCCGCGUCUGGACGCGAAAACCCUAAAGUUAUUGUACCACAAUAAAUCGGUGACAGCUAAAGGAGUCCCAGACCAAGUUUUAUCUCAGGCACUUCAUGAUCACAAUGAUUACGAUUAUGACCCAUCAUAUACCUACGUUCUGUUUAAGAACAGGUUCUUAACAGACUGGGAAAAGGGUCUAGCUUUUAUUUCAAAACUAGAAGAAUUGCUUGGAUUGGAAAAGGACACAUUCACUAAUCCACGUGUCGAUCCAAGCGAAGUGACAUUUAAAGUAGAGAAAAACAGCAAAGGUUACGAUGCAGAAGAGGUCGCUAAACGCGUGGUUGACAUCAAAGACGUAUUACGUCGAGAAACUGGCGCUCUAGUAUUGUCUACAGGCGUCGGUGACCGGAGUAAGAGACCUGUUAUCAGUCAAAUAGAUGAAGUGGGGUCUCAAUACUUUGACUACGGUUUGCCAAUAUUACUGACAUUGAUCGGGAGUUGCACUGUAGUGGUUGUAGGAGCAGUAAUAUUCGCUGUUAUGCUAAAGAGAGAUAUUGACGCUAAGAAGAAAAUGGUCGGUCUUGCUUCUGCGGCAGAUAUCGAUGCUGAAGCUACUAGAGAUUACCAGGAGUUAUGCCGCGCGCGCAUGUCGGGGAAGUGGUCAGGACAACAGCCCGCAGCGCCCCCGCACGCAGAUGCUCCGCAGCGCAUCACCUCCCUAUCCAAGGAACCUGAGGGCAAUUCACCCUCUACGCGUUCUAGCACCUCCUCCUGGAGCGAGGAACCCGCUCUGACGAACAUGGACAUAUCGACCGGACACAUGGUCUUGGCAUACAUGGAAGACCACUUGCGCAACAAGGACCGUUUGGAACAAGAAUGGCGGGCGCUUUGCGCUUACGAGGCGGAACCCAGCGCGACCGCAGCGGCACUGCGACCUGACAACACCGGCAAGAACAGAUACCCCGACGUUUUGCCUUACGACCACUCCCGCGUCACCCUCAACACGCUGACCAACCACCUCGGAUCCGACUACAUCAAUGCUUCUACUAUUACUGACCACGACCCUCGCAACCCGGCGUACAUCGCGGCGGCUGGCCCGUUGGCUCACACUGCGCCCGACUUCUGGCAACUUGUGUGGGAGCAGGGAAGCGUCGUCAUGGUCAUGCUCACACGGCUCACCGAGAACGGCCAGCAACUUUGCCACCGCUACUGGCCGGAAGAAGGAUCUGAACUAUACCACAUCUAUGAGGUACACCUGGUAAGCGAGCACAUUUGGUGCGAUGACUAUUUAGUCCGCAGCUUCUACCUAAAGAACCAGCGCACCGGCGAGACCCGCACAGUCACCCAGUUCCACUUCCUCUCUUGGCCUGAAAACGGUGUGCCCGCCUCCACCAAGGCUCUGCUGGAAUUCAGGAGGAAGGUGAACAAGUCGUAUCGUGGACGAUCUUGCCCUAUUGUCGUGCACUGCAGUGAUGGCGCCGGCCGCACAGGCACCUACUGCUUGAUCGACAUGGUGUUGAACCGAAUGGCAAAAGGCGCAAAGGAAAUUGACAUCGCCGCAACCCUUGAGCACAUCCGCGACCAGCGUCCCCGCACGGUCGCCACCAAGCAACAAUUCGAAUUUGUGCUCAUGGCUGUCGCCGAAGAGGUUCAUGCAAUCUUGAAAGCUCUACCGGCUCACCUGCAACAACUACAGGAGAAGAAAGACAAGGAAAAAGAGAAGGAAAAGGAAAAAGACAAGGACGGUACCGAGAAACCCAACUGAACUAUGCACUGCUUAAGCGAACACGAUUUGUUAACUAGAUAAAUUAUGUUAAUUCCAAUAUUAUUCAAUGUAUAAAUUUCGUCAAUAUUUCUAGGUUGAGAAUUUCAUCUCUUUUACCUACGACUUUAUAUAAUCUGUUGACAUUCUUGUUUCUUACGAACUUGAAUUCUUCUGUGAAAAGAUCUAUAUUUUAGAUUCUUCAUUCUUCAUUGAAAUUCUUAACCUAGAUAUUUUUGUAGGUGUUGAUAAUGCUUAAUAUACAUGUUGUUUACUAGUACGAUUAUUCGCGCCUAUUUCUUUAUAAAAAAAAAACUAUGAUUUAAUCUACAGCGAAAUACACAGACUAAAAAAGCCUAUUCUAAGCAUUUACUAUGGUUCUUAGACUUUAUGUUUUACAAUUUUUAUAAUUCUUGUUUUUGUACUGAUUUUUGAUUAUUUUGUUUAAUCUAUCACAUUUAUAGUCAAUUUUGUAAGGUGUCUAAAUCAGCCUUAAAUUAUUAUUAUCAUGUACUUACAAUAUAUAUUUUUUGGUUUAUUACAUAUUAUAUAACCACUUAUGUACCUGCAAAAACUAUCAUUCGAUUGUAACUUCUAUAUCAUUCAAAAUAAAUAUAACUAAAUAGAGAUUCGGAAAAUGUCCAUUUAAAUUUCAGAAUUUGUUAAAACGCAUAAAAUGCGUUAUAUCGUUAUUCUAGUCCUUAACGUUAUCAACUUAUUAUGGCUGAAUAACAAUUCGCCUUUGCAUUUAAAAGCACAUUUAUUUAAAUUAUAUAAUUUAUGUCUAUUAUUUCUUUGAUUUGCAUAUGAAUAGCCAUUUAUAAAGUUUAAUGUUAGAUAUUUCGAUAAAAUUACUUUAAAAAUCUUGCUGAAUCAUAUCCUGUUUAACGGAAUACCUGAUAGAAACUAAAUGAGACCUAAAUAUUUACAGAUUUUAGCUGAAACAAUAGAAAUCUUGGAUUGUAUCUACGUAUGAGAUUUAUAUUAGAUUAUAUUUAUUGCAUAUGGGAAAAUAUAAAAAAAAUAUGACUUACCCACAAAAAUAUGAUUGUAGUUUAGCCUUAAGAGAAAAAAUAUAUUAACCGUAUUUCUGUAUGAAAUUAUAUGUAGUUUUUAUGUGGAUUAUUGAA